CUCGACGCGUCUUCGCGUCCAGGACUCGGAGUGCCCCCGAAGUGCCCCAGCCACUGCAUCCUUGACCAUGUUCGCCAGCAACAUCGCUCGGCGGGCAUGUCGCACCAAUCGUCCUUUCCGACACUGUCGAUUCAACCAUAAUCAACCGACUCCAAAUCAGAACCAGGAGUCAAGCCGGGCAACUCAUUUUGGGUUCCAAACCGUACCGGAGGAGCAAAAGGAGUCCCUCGUCAAGAAUGUGUUCGACUCCGUUGCAUCCUCGUACGACCUCAUGAACGACGCCAUGUCGCUCGGGAUACACAGGCUCUGGAAAGACGAGCUUGUGAGCUUGCUGAAGCCAGGAGCAAGGGGACCGCAGAAAUGCAUUGACGUCGCCGGUGGCACGGGUGACAUCGCGUUGCGCAUACUGGACCAUGCCAGGGAACGUUAUGCGGACAGAGAAACGGCCGUGGACGUCGUGGACAUCAACGGAGAGAUGCUCAGGGAAGGUUUCAAGAGGUUCAAAAAGACCAUGUAUCACAACACCCCUCAAAUCGCUUUCCAGGAGGCUAAUGCGCAAGCACUCCCUACGGAACGGUUUCCUGACAACACGUACGACCUCUACACCAUUGCAUUUGGUAUCCGGAACUGCACUUCGAUUCCCGAUGUACUGAAGGAGGCGCACCGAGUCCUGAAGCCGGGCGGUACCUUCGCAUGCCUAGAAUUCAGCAGAGUGAACAACCCGCUGCUCAGCACCGUAUACGACCAAUACUCGUUUUCCAUCAUCCCUCUGCUGGGUACCAUCCUGGCGGGCGACCGUGCAUCCUACCAAUAUCUAGUCGAGUCCAUUCGGAAUUUCCCUCCGCAGCCAGAAUUUGCGCAGAUGAUCGUCGACGCUGGAUUUACCACUGGAGGCAUGUUCGAGGGCAAAGGCGGCGCGUGGCGUGACCUGACCUUUGGCGUUGCUGCGAUACAUACAGGUGUCAAGGUCUGAGUGUAGACAGCCUAUAUAUGAUAUUACCACCUCUUGUUGCUUCGUGCACACGACCACCCACUGCACUGUACUUGGCGGU